UCGAACAGUCUGGAGCUGAGUGCGCGACUGCUGCUGCUGCGCGAGAGUCCUGAACGACAGCGCGCGAGCUGUCAUAAUUUCUGGAAAUUAGGAGGAUUUGAGAGGAAAAAACUUUUCAUAGCCGUUUACAUCUGAUUAUUUCUUGUCUUCCUUUAGUGAGGUGAGAAAUAACAGGCUCUUUUUUCUACUUUACUAUGUUUUCUGUCAAGUUUUUUGGCUCUGACAGAGUUUGAAGACGAAGAUAAAUCAAUGCUGGAGUUAACUGGCGAGAUAAAAUUAACAAAUGAGAAACAACGAGUGUCAACAUUCAUGUAAAUAAUUAAACAACUCCAAUACUUGAAGAGAGAGAGAGAUACAUGAAGAGAAAGAAAAGACCUUUCCCCGCUAAACCGGACACUUGAAAGUUUGUUUUGCUCGAGUACUAAAAGAUGCAGCAUUGAAACAACACUGGUAUCGAGUGACCGUUGCAGGGUAAUUUCUAGUCACCUGGCACCUGGCUCCAGAACAGAUGUCCAAGGAGGACCACUGCCACAGUGCCAGCCCACCCGAACCUCCAGAUGGAGCCAAACCGGACAGCCGGCCCCUGGAAACUCUCACUGUGCCAUGUCAAGAAGGGAAUGAAACUGGUGAGCAGAAAGCACAGAAUUCAAACACCCCACCCAUGGAAAAGACAGGAGACGUGGAGAAUGGCAACAACAACAACAGCUUGUCCCAACCGGACCUCACUAGCACUCCUGGCAAAAGUAUAACAUAUCAACCUCAGGCACGGUCUACGCCCAUACACCCCACGCUAUCUAACUCGACUGAAACAGCGGCGCUGCUGAGGAGAGACAGCAAGCCGCAUAGCAAUGGGGUUAGAAACGGAACCUUUUCACGAGCCGCCUCGUCAUCCUCCUCAUCUUCAUCCACAGCCCAUAAAAACCCCAAGAAACUGCAGUCGAACCCAUCCAUCAACAGUCAGAGCAGCAAGAGGAGCAAAGGUAGCUCCAAAUCCAACAGCUCCCAGAUCCCCACAGAGGCCCAGGAUGAUUGCUGUGUCCACUGCAUCCUGGCCUGUCUGUUCUGCGAGUUCCUCACACUGUGUAACAUCGUGCUGGACUGCGCCACAUGCGGCUCCUGCGCAUCAGAAUUUUACUUUACAACUGCUGCUUGGACAGGCAUCGCCCCCAACCUCUUUUCUGUUGCCCAAGAAAGCUCUGUGAGGCUUGGGCAACAGAAAACAGUGUGGUUUAAUAGGCUCUUAAAGAGCUGCCAGAGUCGUUGA